CACAAGUUUGACUGCAUUUAUCUGUGUUUCCCGCAAAUAUUCCUCUUUUUCUUGUCUAAAUCAUGGCCGGAUCCUUUGUAUUUAACGUUGUAGAAAAUACCAUUUCGAAACUAUGCGAGCUUGCUCUUCAAGAAAUUAUCCUAGCUUGUGGUGUUUGGGGGAACUUGAAAAGAUUGAACAGACGUUAACCACAAUCAAAGCGGUGCUUUUAGAUGCUGAAGAGAAACAGGCUCAUCAACAUGAACUACGGGUUUGGCUACAAAGGCUGAGGGACGCCUGUUACGACACAGAAGAUGUAUUGGAUGAAUUUGAGAUUGAAGCACUGAGGAAGCAAGUUCGGAAAGGGAGUAGCAUCGGACAGAAGGUAGGCUAUUUCCGUUCGAUUUCAUACUCACCUGCUUUCAGUGUUAAAAUGGCUCACAAGAUAAAAGAACUCCAACAGACCUUCCAUGAUCUUGGUGAGUUGAAAAAUAGAUUUCAUCUCACUGAGAUACAUGAUUACCCAAGGCAUGACCGGCGCUUCGACGGGGAGACCCACUCCUUCGUGCAAGCAUCGGAGGUAAUUGGAAGAAAUGAUGAGAAAAAAAAUUGUGAAUAUGUUAACGCAAGAUGAUCAAGCCGGUGAGGAAGACAUACCCGUCCUUGCCAUAGUUGGAUUAGGAGGUCUGGGGAAAACUGCUCUUGCCAAACUGGUUUUCAAUGAUAUAAGUGUGCAUAAUCACUUUGAGUUGAAACUCCGGGUGUGCGUUUCCGAAGAUUUUGAUGUUCAACAAGUAGUGCACAAAGUCCUUAAAGCCAUUAAAGCCGAAAAGGGUGGUGAUGGAGACCUUGGAAGCAUGAAUUUUCAACAAUUACGGGCGGCCUUGCGAGAGUGCUUGAAUGGUAAAAGGUAUUUGCUUAUUUUAGAUGAUGUCUGGAAUGAUGAUAACAAGAAAUGGGUUGAACUGAAACAGUUAUUACCCGGAGAAGCUACCGGAAGCAGAAUUCUUGUUACCACUCGAACCAAUAAAGUAGCAAAGAUCACAGGUACAGUCUCCCCUCACAAAUUGAAAGCUCUUCCUUCCUACGAAUCUUUAUCUUUGUUUCUCAAGUUUGCUUUCAAGAAAGGGGAAGAGAAACGACAUCCAAACCUUGUGGAAAUUGGGGAGCAAAUUGUCGAGAAAUGCAAAGGGGUUCCACUGCUACUGAAGACCUUGGGGAGUAUGCUUUUGUCCAAAACAUCAGAGCGGGAGUGGGAACUUGUGAAGAAUAGUGAGACUUGGAAAUUAAUGGAGAAAGAUGACGAAAUAGUUUAUGUUCUGAAACUAAGUUAUGAUCAACUGUCUCCUCGGUUGAAGCAAUGUUUUGCUUAUUGCUCACUCUUUCCCAAAGACUAUGAAUUUAUUGAGUUUGGUUUAAUCUCGUUUUGGAUGGCUCACGGUCUGCUUGAAUCAUCGUAUGAAAAUGAAAAUCCCUUUGAUAUUGGAAGGCAGUAUUUGAACGACCUGUUGGCACGAUCUCUUUUGGAAGAUUUUAAUGUGGCAUUUCUUUAUGGUGUAUUCAAAAUGCAUGAUCUUUUACAUGAUCUGGCGUUAUUGGUAGAAAAGAACGACUGUUGUUUGGUGAACUCUUUCAUGCCCCAAGUGUUCGGCAUGUGUGCCUCGAUCUCCUUGGUAAAUUAG